AUGGUCUUUUGGUAUAUUAACUUCAGGCCAUCAUCCCUUUCUUCUACUCUUUUCACCACCAUGACACAUUCUGAAGAAACACGGACUACGAAAAAGAGUGGACACUCGAGGAAUCCUAUGGCUUGUACCAAUUGUCGGGCGCGUAAAAUCAAAUGCGAAUCAAACCGACAACACCCUGAACGCCCUUGCCAAAGGUGUACGAAUAGAAAACUUCACUGUGAAUACGUCGCCAUAUCCCAUCCACCGCCCUCAGCUGCCGGCGAAGCCUAUAAACUAGAACAGUCCUCAUCCCCAGACCCUCCCAGGCGCUCCCACAGCCGAGCAGCUAGCGGACAUGUCCAGGUGUCUCAGCCGCGUUACUCCCCCGUAUCCUCCUCAUCUUCUCGGAAGAGCAGUCCGCGGAAUGAAUACGAUUAUAUCCCUCCUGAACCCCACAGCUACCUUCUUUCUCAAGGGACCUACGCACCAGAUCCCGGAUCCACUCCCCGAUAUAACUCUUCUUAUUAUCCAACAGCUAAUUACGGCCAGCCGAACGGUUUUUCGCAGAACGGAAACAAUCAAUUAUCCAACUUGGCUAUGAGGACCGCAUCACAUCCCCCAUGUUAUGUCGACCCUUCAUUCGGUCUGAAUCCUUCAUUGGCGCAGGGUCAGGUAAACUUUGGCUCGGGAGCUGAUUACCUGGCAUGGAAUAAUGGUGCGUCGCUACCGGCACAAAGCCAGUUCUACUAUUCGAGUGAAUGCCGUUGUACAGGAGUGUACUGUACAUGUGGAAAUCGCCGGCCGUGA